AUGUCUACUAACCAAAACAGCGACGGUGCUGCAUUACCGGAAAGCACAUCAAUAAACGGAAAACGAAAUACGGCUACGAAUACAGGAGGACGAACACCUACCCUGUCUACCGAUGUAGACGAUCCCUCCCACCCUCUCCACCAACAUCGACGUAUAGUCUCUGAUUUCGAGUAUAAAGAGAUCCUUGGCGAGGGAUCUUACUCAACUGUACAAGCAGGUAGAGAUAAACGAACUGGGAAAAUGUACGCCAUUAAACGAUUAGAUAAAGCACAUAUUGUAAAGAACAAUAAGGUCAAAUAUGUUAUGAUUGAACGAGAUGCAUUGAGCCGGAUGAAUCAUCCUGGUAUUAUCAAGCUUUACUGGACAUUCAAAGAUAAUCGAAGUUUGUAUUUUGUACUUGAUUUGGCAAAAAAUGGCGAGCUUUACACCUAUAUUAGACAGUUGGCACCUUUUGAUAUGGAGACAGCAAAGUUUUAUGCAGCUGAAUUAUUACUUGCUAUAGAACACAUUCAUUAUAGAGGUGUUGUGCAUCGGGAUAUUAAGCCGGAAAAUAUACUGUUGGAUGAUAACUUACACAUCAAAGUAACGGAUUUCGGUUCAGCAAAAAUCGUAUCAGACGAAAAUAAUGAUAAUAGCAAUGGAGGAGAGCUCGCCACACCCUCUAGGUCUUUUGUGGGAACAGCAGAAUACGUCUCCCCUGAACUAUUACGGAGUGAGUCAGUUUCAUUCGAAACCGAUUUUUGGGCUCUAGGCUGUGUCAUUUAUCAAAUGUUAUCCGGUCGAUCACCUUUCAAAGCCGCUACUGACUAUUUAAUCUUUCAAAAGAUUAAAAACCUUGAUUAUGUUAUGCCUGAUGAGUUUCCGCAAGUCGCCAAGGACAUUAUUCGUAAAUUACUCGAAUCUGAUCCUGAACAGCGAUUUGGAUCAGAAGCAGCAGGUGGUGUUGACGCUGUUAAACAUCAUCCAUUUUUUGAAGGUAUCGAUUGGGAGCAUAUUUACAGCUCAAACGCUCCACCCUUAAGGGAA